UUCCUUCUUUGAAUCAACUGUCCAGUAAAGCUCUUCUUUGUAUUUUAGCAAAAAUAUUAUAUACAUUAAUAAAUUUAAAUUUAAAUGGAAUAAUACAAAAAAAAAAAAAAGUCCUUAAUUGCCUCAUCUACUCUUUUUCCCUCGAAAUCAGCCAGGUGAGUUCAAAGAGGAAGAUCUGAUGUACCUUCUGGUGGAUCUCAGUUAUACACAAGAUCAUGAUGGCCCUUAAACAUAAAGAAGCUAUGCAAAGGAUCGAGGCAUCCUUAAAAGGCCUCCAGAGCAAGGGAAUUCCUUGCAAUCUGCAGUAUAAUAAUGGGAAUUCAGUUGAAGGAUUCCCUAAGUUUAAAGAUGAAAUCAAUUCUUAUCAAGGUGGGGAAGUUGGAGAAUCAAUUCGACAAUUAAGCACCAAGUUUCUAGAAUAUUCUAAUGAAUUUUAUAACAACCCCACCUACCAACAUGAUUUUGGCUCAUGGUCCACCUUCUACCCUGACUCACAAAAGGUGCAUCACUGCCAAAUGAAUGCUUUUGAGAGCCAAUUUUACCCCCUUCCUGUGGAGAAUCAAUUUCAAUAUGCACCGCACAGUACUUUCACUCCAGCUUACCCCUAUGACUUCCAGUUUCAAGAUUUUCAGUAUUUUGUGGUCAUAGACUUUGAGGCUACUUGUGACAAGGAGAAAAAUCCCCAUCCCCAGGAGAUUAUCGAGUUUCCAUCUGUCAUUGUGAGUAGUGUAACUGGCCAGCUGGAAGCAUGUUUCCAAACAUAUGUGCGACCAACUUGCAAUCAGCUCUUGAGUGAUUUCUGCAAGGAUCUUACUGGCAUCCAGCAAAUUCAGGUUGACAGAGGUGUAACAUUGAGUGAGGCUUUACUUAGGCAUGACAAAUGGCUUGAAAAUAAGGGCAUAAAGAACACCAACUUUGCUGUGGUGACGUGGUCAAACUGGGACUGCCGUGUAAUGCUAGAAUCUGAGUGCCGAUACAAGAAGAUUAGAAAGCCUCCUUAUUUCAAUAGAUGGAUCAACUUGAAAGUUCCAUUUCGUGAGGUUUUUGGUGGUGUGAGAUGUAAUUUAAGGGAGGCAGUCGAGAUGGCUGGCCUAGCAUGGCAAGGCCGUGCUCACUGUGGCCUGGAUGAUGCCAAAAACACCGCUCGUUUACUUGCUCUUCUCAUGCACAGGGGUUUCAAAUUCUCCAUCACAAACUCCUUGACGUGGCCAACUGAAGCUUCACUGGCAUGUAAUCAGUUCCCAGACCACAUGCCAUUUAUCCCUCAUCAUCUACAAAAACCAAAGGAUUUGCAUGCCCCCCAGUUCCAGUACCACCCUUAUUGUUUCUGUGGGGUGAAGAGCAGCAAUGGGAUGGUUCGGAAGCCUGGACCAAAACAAGGCAGUGUUUUCUUUGGUUGUGGGAACUGGACUGUCACAAGGGGUGCCCGCUGCCAUUACUUUGAAUGGGCUACUCAAUGACUCAAAAACUACAGAAGGAAUAAAGGACUAAGUUCUCCAUCCUUCCUGAUGAGAUGUCCUAUGUAAAAAAUGAAAAAAAAAAAAAAAAAGGUAGUGGGUUGUUGUCUCCUAAUUGAAGCAUAUAUUUAUAUGCAUUUAGCCAUAUGGUUGUGAGGUUUAGGCUUCAUAGGAAAAACACAUAUUGAUGGUUGGGUGAAUUGCAGAGGUUGAAAGAUUGAAUUAGUUUUAUUGAGGGAGAUUCAACCUGUAGAGCUGACUUCUUGUUGACAAAGGUAAAGAAAUUGGAAAUGUGAGGAUUUGGGAAGUUAGGAUGAUGAUUCUGUUUUACAUGCUGAGACAUGCUAAAUUAUCUUACUAAAUAAACUUGUGAGGUAAGGGACUUUCUGCUUUUCUAUGCAUUUCUAAUGGAAAUUCAGUGGAGUGGCUUGCACCCAAUUUGCUCA